AUGGAGAGAGAAGUUGCUAAAGCUGCCGCAGCUACUGCUGCCGCAGAAGCGACCGCCGCUGCUGCCGAAGCGUUCAACCGCACCGUAGCCGAAGCACUUGUCUCUGGCAAUAACAGUCCGGACAACGCUUCGGAUAAAGAUGUAGCUACUCCGAUUAAGGAGACUACCCCUGCAGAAAAAGCCCGAGGGCCAACUAUUGCUUCAACCUCAAAGCUCGCUUUCCCGAAGCCAAGAGAUGAGACAAGGGACACGUCUCAAGACGCCCAGCUAAUUCUUCUGAUGAGACUCAAAAGGAAAGUCCUCAAUUACAGGGGACAAAGACGAAUCUCAGAAGGUACCUACACUGGAACCAGAAGAGGAGCCAAACUCAAGUGGCAAAUCCGAAUCUAA